GCUCCCACUUGAGCUCCCGCUGCGGCGGCCGCAGGUUCUGGAGAGCGGGUCCGAGUAGUAGCCGCGGGCGCGCCGCGCACUGCAGCCCCAGCCCUCGGCCCUCUACCCCUCUCUGUGCGGCUGCCUCGCCUCGGCCAGGCCCCAAACGCAAGGACAAAGAGGCUGUCCCGAAGGCUCUGCUGGAGCCAAAUUUACCUGCAGUUGCCGGGAACCAGAAGGCUCCAAAAUGGUUUGCGGAGGCUUCGCGUGUUCCAAGAACUGCCUGUGCGCGCUCAACCUACUCUACACGUUGGUUAGUCUGUUGCUGAUUGGCAUCGCUGCAUGGGGCAUUGGCUUUGGGCUGAUUUCCAGUCUCCGUGUGGUGGGCGUGGUCAUCGCAGUGGGCAUCUUCUUGUUCCUGAUCGCUUUAGUGGGACUGAUCGGAGCCGUAAAACACCAUCAGGUGUUGUUAUUUUUUUACAUGAUUAUUCUCCUACUUGUCUUUCUUGUUCAAUUUUCUGUAUCUUGUGCUUGUUUAGCCCUGAAUGAGGAGCAACAGGGUCAACUUCUAGAAGUUGGCUGGAACAAUACAGCAAGCGCUCGAGAUGACAUUCAGAGAAACUUAAACUGCUGUGGAUUUCGAAGUUUUAACACAAAUGACACCUGUCCAGCUAGUUGUGUUAAAAGCAGCCACCUGUGCUCACCAUGUGCUCCGAUAAUAGGAAGAUAUGCUGGAGAGGUUUUGAGAUUUGUUGGUGGCAUUGGCCUCUUCUUCAGUUUUACAGAGAUCCUGGGUGUUUGGCUGACCUACCGAUACAGGAACCAGAAAGAUCCUCGUGCUAAUCCCAGUGCAUUCCUUUGAUGAGGAAACAAGGAAUAUCUUUCAUAUUCUGAUCUUGUUCACUUUCUUUGACUUUAAAGUUAAGCUAAUUUGCCUGUUUAAGGAAACAGUAUCUGAAAAAUUACAUUAUUGACAGUGGAAGUAUAUAUUUUUACUCUUAUGUUUCUCUAAAUGUUUUUCUUUUUCCAUUGCUGAAACAAAAUUGAAAAUUGUGGUCUCUGAACCUCAGUGGUACCUGUUAUCUACUGUAUUCACAGUGUCUGGCACUGUCCACUGUGGCCUUUCUUAGCAUUUUUACCUGCAGAAAAACUUUGUAUGGCACUAUUGUGUUGAUCAUAUUGUGAUCUAAAUAUACAUCUCACUGGAAUAAUUAAUUGUAGCGCUCUGCUGUUGUAGAUAGUUCCUGUUGGAAAAAAAGAGCCGAAGUUUAUUAAAACCAGAAAAUAUAAGAUUCUAUUAUGUUAAGUUCAGUAAGGGGAAUCCAGAUUCCCAAUUUUUUUUUAUCUUUAUAGGAAAGAU